UCCUGGGGCUGAGAAGACCUAACUGAGGGGCCAGAUGGCUUCGACCGGCUUAGAACUGCUGGGCAUGACCCUGGCUGUGCUGGGCUGGCUGGGGACCCUGGUGUCCUGCGCCCUGCCCCUGUGGAAGGUGACCGCCUUCAUCGGCAACAGCAUCGUGGUGGCCCAGGUGGUGUGGGAGGGCCUGUGGAUGUCCUGCGUGGUGCAGAGCACGGGCCAGAUGCAGUGCAAGGUGUACGACUCACUGCUGGCGCUGCCGCAGGACCUGCAGGCCGCACGUGCCCUCUGUGUCAUCGCCCUCCUGCUGGCCCUGCUUGGCCUCCUGGUGGCCAUCACAGGUGCCCAGUGUACCACGUGUGUGGAGGACGAAGGUGCCAAGGCCCGUAUCAUGCUCACCGGGGGGGUCAUCCUCCUCCUCGCCGGCAUCCUGGUGCUCAUCCCUGUGUGCUGGACGGCGCACGCCAUCAUCCAGGACUUCUACAACCCCCUGGUGGCUGAGGCCCUCAAGCGGGAGCUGGGGGCGUCCCUCUACCUGGGCUGGGCAGCAGCCGCACUGCUUAUGCUGGGCGGGGGGCUCCUCUGCUGCACGUGCCCCCCGCCCCAGGUCGAGCGGCCCCUCGGACCUAGGCUGGGCUACUCCAUCCCCUCCCGCUCGGGCGCAUCUGGACUGGACAAGAGGGACUACGUGUGAGGGGGAGGUUUCCCCUGGGAGCCCGCUGCUCCCCACUGCUCCGCCCCUUCAACCUUGGCCUGGUGACCAGAUGCCCUGCUCCAUCACAACCUCCUUCUCCACUUUCCAAAAGCCCAAGCUACACCUGGCUGCAGGGCUGGGUCAGCUGGCCUGGCUGAGCUCUUCUCAGUGGGGUCCCCUUUGAUGUUCUCCCCCAAGCUGGGCAGCCCACAGGUGUUGGGAACCCUGGCCUGCCCCUGCUUCCCCAGUAAUUGUUUCCUUCCGUUGCCCAGGACACUGGCUGGCCUGCCUUCUCUUCUGAGCCCUCCCCUGCCCCAGGAACCCUGGCCUCACCAAAACAGCAGCAGCUCAUUGGCUCCAAAACCAAAGAGCAGACCAUGCCCUCCCAACCCUGGAGUUGUCAGGGAGGGCCUGCCCAUCACCUCCCUCUCCCCAACAUCCCCACCCUCGAGUCGGAAAUAAAGAACAUUUGUAACUGG